GAGAGGUUUAUCAUCUUGCCGUCUUGAUAUUGGUUGAAUUCGGGGUCUGUAGACAAAGUGAGGAGCGAUGGCUUUCUCGGCGACGGUGAAGGCACCGGAGGCGCUUCCAUGUUCGCCGUCGAUUUCCGGCAGAGAUAGUUUCCUCUUUCGCCGACAGUUUCCAUCCAAUUUUACUCUUCCGCGUCGCCCUCCGUCUCGUCUCACACUCUCUCUUACAUUUGCUCGCCGUCGGAAUCAGAAAUCAGCCUUCAGUUCGUCUUCAUCGUCUUCGAAGAAAAAGAAGAGAAAUUCAUUUCCGAAAGAAGCUAGAGACAAGGAGGAAAAUGAGGAGGAUGUAGAUGGGGAUGCUCUCGAGGCGUUGUUUAGUCUACUGGAAGAAGAUCUCAAGAAUGAUGAGCUUUCACUGGAUGAUGAUGAUGGUGAAGGGGAUGAAUUUAGCGAAGAAGAUCUUGCCAAACUUGAACGUGAGCUAGGGUUAGCACUUGGGAUCGAUGAUGAAGAAGAAGAAGAAGCAGAAGAAGAAGCAGAAGAAGAAGUAGAAGAUCUCGGGGAUAAGGAAGAAGUGGAAAUGACUGUAAAACUUAAGAACUGGCAACUUCGACGAUUAGCCUCGGCUUUGAAAAAGGGCCGCCGUAAAACUAGCAUCAAGAGUCUUGCUGCCGAGCUUUGUCUCGAUAGGGCUAUCGUACUCGAUUUGCUUCGUGAACCACCACCGAAUCUUCUGAUGUUGAGUGCUACUCUAUCAGACACUCCCACACCAUCGGUUCCAGAAACUAAAACCAUACAAACUACUGAUGAAGAACCCAUAGUAGAUACUACAGAAGAGGCAGAAGUGAUGAAGGGGCCUGUUCAUGUCAUGCAGCAGAGCUGGAUUGUUCAAAAGAGACUGAAGAAGGUUCAAUUAGAAACUCUUGAAAGAGUGUAUAGAAGAACAAAGCGGCCCACUAAUUCAAUGAUUAGUAGCAUCGUCCAAGUAACAAAUCUGCCCCGCAAAAGAAUAGUGAAAUGGUUUGAAGACGAGAGAGCUGAAGAAGGGGUUCCUGAUCAACGCCUGCCUUAUGAUCCAUCUGCUCCUAAAUCUGCCUGAUCUUCUUCAUCUACCAAUCCCCUAAAACGUUCGUGAAAAGGUGGCUCUGGGUUGGAUGCCGAACGCGGUGUUAGGAAUAUGACUUGGUUUGGACUUGCGAUUAUGAGAGUGAUGGUCAUUGAAGAACUUAUUUACACUUGCCGUCUUGUUAACUAUAUAUUUAAUGGGGAUGGAAAUAUUGUGAUGAUGACUUUGAAAAUUGACAAUUUUGAUCAUUUAAUUUUAUUUGUAAUCUAUUUUUUCUAUCAUAAUUUAAAUCCAA